AUGUUAAUUUUUGGAGUACCCCCUGUUAUUAUGUCUCGAGAAGGAGGAAAGAAGAAGCCUUUGAAGCAGCCUAAGAAGCAAGACAGAGAAGAGACGGAAGAUGACCUACUCUUCCGGGAAAGACAGAAGGAAAAGAAACUCUUAGAUGAAAAGGCUAGAGAAGAACACUUGGCUAAACUUAACGGUAAGAACAAGAAGAAAUAA